AUGGCAUACAAACUACGAACGCUUGAGGAUGGCUCAGGUGUGUGUGUUGGGACAGUAAUUCGCUUUGAGACUGUUACGAUAUUACUGGAUCCAGCAUGGUCCAAUUCAAAGGUACCAUAUGAUAAGUCAGUGUCCUUUUGGGCUUCGAUUAUUCCUGAUGUGGAUAUUAUAUUGAUAUCUCAAUCAACAGUUGAUUGUUUAGGAGCAUAUCCUUUACUUUACUAUAAUUUUCUUUCCCAUUUUAUCUCUAGAAUACAUGUAUACACUACAUUACCCAUAACAAAUCUAGGAAGGGUCGCUACAAUUGAUUUAUAUGUUUCAGGAGGUGUGGCAGGGCCAUAUGCUUCAAACGAAAUGGAUAUUGAUGACAUUGAAUCAGCAUUUGAUUUUAUUGAAGCCUUGAAGUUUUCUCAGGAUGUCGAUUUGAGAUCCAGAUAUGAUGGACUGUCAAUGACAGCUUAUAGUUCUGGUUACUCACCUGGCUCUUCCAUUUGGUGUAUAACUAAUUACUCUGAGAAGUUAUUGUAUGCGAAAAAUUGGAAUCAUUCGAAGAGUACUAUUCUAAAUGCUGCGGCCUUGUUGGACAGUAGUGGUAAGUCAUUAUCAGCCCUAAGUAGACCAUCUAGCGUUAUCACUAGUUUGACUCAGUUUGGUUCAUCUCGGCCUUUAAAGAGACGUGUAAAUAUGUUUAAUGAGACUUUGAGGAAAUCAUUGAUGGACGGCGGUUCUGUUAUAAUACCGUGUGAAAUUGGUGGGAAUUUCUUAGAUUUAUUAGCAAUGACACACAAUUUUCUGUAUGAAAGAUCGAAUAAUGGGAAACAAUCAAAGGUACCUAUAUUACUAGUAUCAUAUGCUAAAGGGAGAACGGUGACCUACGCACAAUCUAUGAUGGAAUGGUUAUCCUCAACUAUCAUUAAGAAAUGGGAAAAUAGAAAUGGUCGGUCACCCUUUGAUGUCAAUAAUAUAUUGAAGCCAGUUACUCCAAAAGAAAUCUUGAAACAAAAAGGUCCUUCUAUUUGCUUUGUUUCAGAAGUUGAUUCAUGUAUUUCUGAAACAAUGAAAAAUUUGAGUGAAAUAUCUAAUGUAACAGUGUUAUUAACAUCCAACCGUGAGAACAACCAACCAAUUCUUGACAAGAUGAAAGUAGAAUGGUUGGAACAUGCAAAUGGUAAGGUACAGGAGGGGGCAAAUAUUAGUUACUCAACUACUGCAGAAUUCGAAAUUGCCAAUCUGAAGCCUCUAAAAGAUGAGUCGUUGAUUGAAUUUAAUGAGAAGAUCGACCGAAGACGAAAGCAAAGAAAAGAAGAUGAGAUAGUUUUACGGAAGGAGUCAAAAUUGUCUGGUAGUUUUGCGCACUCGUUUGGUGAUGGGACCAUUGUUUCACCUGACGGGACUAAUAGGGUUAUUGGAGAUGUGAAUGGUGAGGAUGACGAUGAUGAUGAUGAAGAUGACGAUGAUCUCAUUGAUAUAUUAAAAGGUAAAGGUAAGAAUAAUAAAGAACAUGAGAUACCUAUGGAUACAAUCAUCUUGCCAAAUUCGUCGAUUAAGAACAAAAUGUUCCAAUUCAAACCGGUAAAGCAUAAGAUUGAUGAAUAUGGUUCUUUUGUAAAUAUAGAUCAACUAAUUCCAAAGGAAAGCAAAGAACAAGAAGAAGAUAAAAUUAGUAGUCAAAAGAGAAAUGUACGAGACAAUGAAGAUGAGAAAGAGAAUAAUUCUGAAGCAACAAAUCGUUCAAAGAAACAAAAGAAAGAUAGACAAACUGAAAAAGAGAAUGCGGAAAGAAAGAAAAAAGAAAAGAUGAAAUUUGACAACCUUGAAUAUCUAGAUGCCAAGAAUCAUCCAUGUUUAAGAAUAUUUCAAAAGGAGACGGCGACCAUUUCAUGUCAGUUAUCAUUCAUAAAUCUAGACAAUGUUGUUGAUCAAAGAUCAGCGUCAGUUAUAUGGCCUACCUUGAAACCUAGGAAAAUUAUACUACUUGGUUCUAAAGAAAUACAAGAUGAAAAUGUUGUAUCCAUUCUACUUAAAAGAAAAAUUGAAAUGGUUGACAUACCAUACAAUGAAAACGUCGAGUUUGAUACCAUAGUGAAGACGUUGGAUAUUAGCUUAGAUAUAGAAUUGGAUCAAUCUUUAAGAUGGCAAAGGAUUGGAGAAGGUCAUACUGUGGCGCAUGUUAUUGGUAGAAUAGUAAAAGAAGCUCCAUCACAAAAAUCUGGUUCAAUGAGAAGUAAGCUUGUACUAAAACCGAUAAUAACCAAUAAUAAAAGGCAUACUAAUGGAUCACUAUCCAUUGGUGAUAUCAGACUUGCAGAAGUGAGAAGAAAACUAAUGGAACUAAACCAUAAAGCAGAAUUCAAGGGAGAAGGUACAUUGGUAGUAGAUGGUCAAGUUGCUGUCAGAAAGGUAAGCGAUGGAGAAACCGUCAUUAAUGGGUUCCCUUCUGACAUAUUUGACACAGUAAAAUCAACAAUUACAGAAAUGCUUGCGAAAGUUUAG